UGGUGCUCGUGCCAUGUUUGCGGAAGCUCGGUGACAGCGGCAGCUAACUGGAGGAUUGUCAUAUUUUCUCCGUGUGCUGUGACUGCGUUUUUAUUAAAAAUGAAUCUACCGAAGGCUCCUGAUUCUCUGUGCUUCGACAAGGACGUUUUUAUGAAGGAUGACUUUGAUGUCGAUCAGUUUGUGGCCGAGUGUCGGAAAAAGGUCCAGCUGGAAGAGAUGAGAGAGGACCUGGAGCUCUACUAUAAGCUGCUGAAAACAGCCAUGGUGGAGCUCAUCAACAAGGACUAUGCAGACUUUGUGAACCUCUCCACCAACCUGGUUGGGAUGGACAAAGCACUCAAUCAGCUCUCUGUGCCACUGGGACAGUUGCGUGAAGAAGUCAUGAGCCUGCGCUCCUGUGUGAGUGAAGUGAUUCAAGCUAUUGACAGUCAACUCUCCAAACAGGAAGAUCUGCAGAAAAAAAAGGUGUGUGUAUUGAGGCUAAUUCAGGUGGUGCGCUCAGUGGAGAAGAUUGAGAAGAUUCUUUACUCACAGAACUCCAAGGAAUCAAGCUCGCUGGAAAUCAGCAGUCCUUUGUUAGCAGGCCAGAUCCUGGAGAGGAUAGCUACAGAAUUCAACCAGCUGCAGUUUCAUGCUGUACAGAGCAAAGGCAUGCCACUGCUGGACAAAGUCAGACCUCGUAUCGCAGGGAUCACCUCCAUGCUGCAGCAGUCUCUGGAGGGCCUGCUGAUUGAGGGUCUGCAGACAUCUAACGUGGACAUGGUGCGUCACUGCCUCAGGACAUACGCCACCAUAGACAAGACUCGGGAUGCUGAGGCACUGGUAGGACAGGUGCUGGUCAAACCGUACAUGGACCAGGUGAUAGUAGAAGAGGUUGUGAAGUCCAGUCCAAAUGGUCUCCAGCUGAUGUACACUAGACUACUGGAGUUUGUUCCUCAUCACUGUAGAUUGUUAAGAGAGGUGACUGGAGGAACCAUAUCCAGUGACAAAGCCGACGCUGUGCCUGGUUACGAUUUCAUGGUGAAAUCGGUGUGGCCAGAGAUAAUCAAGGGGAUAGAGGAAAGGUUGAGCUAUCUCUUCAACCCUGGAAACCCUGACAUAUUCUAUGAGCGCUACAGUGCAAGUAUAGAGUUUGUGCAGAGGUUUGAGCGUCAGUGCAGCUCACAGGCCAGUGUGAAGAGACUGAGAGUUCACCCUUCAUACACCAGCUUCCACAACAAAUGGAACCUGCCUGUCUACUUUCAACUACGGUACAAGGAAAUAGCUGGGAAUCUGGAAAACGCCAUAAGUGAUGGACUGGAGGCAGCACCAGCUGGCAGUGCGUACCACCUGCAGGUAUCUGAAGUUUUGUGGUCCUGUCUGGUGAGGUGCUGGUCAGACAAGGUUUACCUCCCACUUCUGGCUCAUCGCUUCUGGAAACUCACGCUACAGCUCUACUCACGAUAUGCCAAGUUUCUCGACGAGGUGUUGACGAAGACUCCAGCCCCUGAAGUGACUAAAGAGCCGGCCAGGCCUCUGCCAAGCUCGGCCUCUUCCACCUCGAGCCGAACUUCGAUGGAAGACGGCGGCAGUGAGAGUGGGAGUCCAGCGUCCCUGUCCACCAAACAGCUGGUCCACAUCGCCGCUGACAUCCAAAAGCUGCAGGAGCAGAUCCCGGAGUUCUCAGAAAUGGUGAAAAAGCGAUUAGAUGCUAUCGGAUUCAAAAACUUUGCUGUUGUGGAAGACGCUCUUGCAGACUCCAAGGUUUGCCUGUCCGGUAGCGUUCCCACUCUGAACGCCAGGAUGACCCAGCAUCUGACUGAGCGCAGCUGCCGCUUCCUGAAGAGUGCCUCCGAGGUUCCACGACUUUACCGCAGGACUAAUAAGGAUCUGCCGGUGCGUGCAUCAGCGUACAUGGACAAUGCCUUACGUCCAUUACAUCAGUUGCUGACAGACUCGACGGGGCUGGUCACACCCUCUACUGCACAGGAAUGGCUUCGGGUCGCACUUUCCGACUGCACACAAAGGUACUACGAGACCAUCUCAGACGUGCUGAGCUCGGUGAGAAAGAUGGAGGAGAGUCUGAAGCGGCUGAAACAAGCCAGAAAGGGUGCGACCACGACAUCUGCGGCCGGAGCAAACGGAGGACCCACAGACGACACCAAGAUCCGUCUUCAGCUGGCACUGGAUGUGGAAUAUCUGGGAGAACAGAUCCAGAAGAUGGGUCUGCAGCCAAGUGACAUCUCCAUGUUUGGCACUCUGAUGGACCUUGUGAAAGAAGCUCGAGAACUUGCUGAACCAAACUAAUAAAGGAAACUGUUGCUGGGCUCAUCUCUGCAGUUUUUGGAGACUUGGAAAAGAUUUUAAAUAAUAAUUUAUAGCCGUCCAGGUGAAGGUUGUGGUCUGGUUAAAACCAUGAAGACAUGAAGAAUGUAGGACAAGAACUGACAUUUACUGUUUGCAAUGUUUUGUACAAAGUAACUCCAGGGACCAAAGUCUGGGUCAUCAUCGGUUCUGCUGUAUGUGAAUGACGCGGACUGCAAAGUCCCACUUGUGAGGAAAAGUUUUCAACAAAAAUGACUGAUGCUAAAGAGGGGAUGAAUGUUUCUGAUGUGAGCAGAACAAUGUGAAGAAAACGUUUGUCUCGUUUCUGCUGCUUGGUGAAGGACUAAUCUUGUCUGUCGUGUCAAAGUUGUUAAGUAAUAACAUGUUUAACAAAAGGGGGAGAAAAUAAAAUUAAAAAAACUGUCAAAAAAUGUGUUGAAUUUGUGUCGUAUAAUUCACCAACGUUCAC